AUGGUGAAAGAUAACAGCCAAAGCGAACACUUGGUCCUCGAGGCCGCGCGUCUCGAGGAACUGCUCACCCACGCCCUUGAGCUUGGCGCGGGAGCGACCGGCAGGGCCCUCCUCGUCCGCCGGGGCGAGAGCGAAGCCGUGCUGAAGGUGGCUCAUUCUGGGAUCCACUCUGACCAGUUCAAGGAAGAGUUCGAAAUCCUGAAGGAGGUGGCCGGCGCCGGGGGAAGCCCCAGGGCGCUGAGCCUCUGCUCCAACCCUCCGGCCAUCAUGUGCACCUUCGUCGGCCCCUACACGCUCAGGCGUGUGGUGAGGGAUCUGAAUUUCUCCGACGCGAGGCUGCUUGGCCUCAGCCUCCGUCUCUGCGUCGCCGUCCAGGAGGUGCACGACAAGGGCUUCAUCCACAACCACCUCGAGGCCGACAACAUCGUCGUGGACGCCACAGGGCAGAUAAGCAUUGUCGACUUCGGGAGCGCGUGUCGACCUGGGCAGACGGCGGUGUACCGCAGCUGCCCCACCAGGAACACGGCUCCCGAAGUCCUCGGCGGAGGCCCAUGCACCGCGGCCUCCGACGUGUUCGCGCUCGGGGGCUUGCUCAGGAAGGUCGUCAGGGAGAUGACCUCCCCCCCGCGGACGCUCACGAGGCUCGCGCGCAAGAUGCGGAGGCCAGACCCGCGCCGGCGCCCCAGCCUGCCCUCUGCCGUCGACAGCCUCACCCGCUGCUACUUCUCAGGAGUCGAGAGCGAGGACGAGAGCGAGGACGAAAGCCAACACGAGAGCGAAGACGAAAGCCAAGACGAGAGCGAGGACGAAAGCGAAGUCGCAGGCCAGGCCGAGAGCCCAGCUGAGUGCGAAGUCGAAGGGCAACAGGAGAGCCAAACGGAGAGCGAAAAGGAGAGUCAAGACGCGAGCGAGGACGAGACCGAGGAUGAGACCGAGGACAAGACCGAGGACGAGACCGAGGAUGAGACCGAGGACGAGACCGAGGACGAGACCGAGGAUGAGACCGAGGACGAGACCGAGGACGAGACCGAGGACGAGACCGAGGACGAGACCGAGGACGAGACCGAGGAUGAGAACGAGGAUGUGACCGAGGACGAGACCGAGGAAGAGAGCGAAGAGGAAAACCCCGACGAAGUUUUCAGCGUGCUCCUGUCGGCGCCUCUGAAGCGUACCGCCGCUGACAUGGACUCCGAGGACGAGAGCGAAGAGGAAAACCCCGACGAAGUUUUCAGCGUGCUCCUGUCAGCGCCUCUGAAGCGUACCGCCGCUGACAUGGACUCCGAGGACGAGACCGAGGAUGAGACCGAGGACGAGACCGAGGACGAGACCGAGGACGAGACCGAGGACGAGACCGAGGACGAGAGCGAAGAGGAAAACCCCGACGAAGUUUUCAGCGUGCUCCUGUCAGCGCCUCUGAAGCGUACCGCCGCUGACAUGGACUCCGAGGACGAAACCGAGGAUGAGACCGAGGACGAGACCGAGGACGAGACCGAGGACGAGACCGAGGACGAGAGCGAAGAGGAAAACCCCGACGAAGUUUUCAGCGUGCUCCUGUCAGCGCCUCUGAAGCGUACCGCCGCUGACAUGGACUCCGAGGACGAGACCGAGGAUGAGACCGAGGACGAGACCGAGGACGAGACCGAGGACGAGACCGAGGACGAGACCGAGGACGAGAGCGAAGAGGAAAACCCCGACGAAGUUUUCAGCGUGCUCCUGUCAGCGCCUCUGAAGCGUACCGCCGCUGACAUGGACUCCGAGGACGAGACCGAGGAUGAGACCGAGGACGAGACCGAGGACGAGACCGAGGACGAGACCGAGGACGAGACCGAGGACGAGAGCGAAGAGGAAAACCCCGACGAAGUUUUCAGCGUGCUCCUGUCAGCGCCUCUGAAGCGUACCGCCGCUGACAUGGACUCCGAGGACGAGACCGAGGAUGAGACCGAGGACGAGACCGAGGACGAGACCGACAGGACUCCGAGGACGAUACCGAGGAUGAGACCGAGGACGAGACCGAGGACGAGACCGAGGACGAGACCGAGGACGAGAGCGAAGAGGAAAACCCCGACGAAGUUUUCAGCGUGCUCCUGUCAGCGCCUCUGA